AUGACUGCUACCAAUAUGUCGAUGAUGAUUAUUGCUUUAGUUAUCGCUACCAUUUGCUUAAUGAAUACUAACGGUGAAGAAGAAAAAAAACGUACACUUGAUUCAGUAUCUGGAUCAGAUUUCUUCAAAAAGAGUCUUGAUAGUCUUUCAGGCAAUGAUUUUUUCAAACGAGGAGACGAAGUACAGAAUACAAUCUGUUUUUUUUUACUUAUUUAUUUAUAUAUAUUUUAAAUAGAAACGAACA